AUGUCAUUAGACUAUAGAAGUCGUCUCAUCGCCUUUUACGAACACUACGCACCUGAUAAGGUAAAGGGGGUGGAUGCACAACUCACAAAAUAUGCCGGACGUGAAGAGGAGGUUCUGCAAGCCCUUGUGAAUAAGUACGGUCCAGAGCCUGGAUAUAUGGAAGGCAGUAAUAAGAGUACAAGUGGUGCGGAUGAGGAGAAUGGUGAGGGACCUGCGGAGGAGUGGAGGGCAUAUUACCACCAACGUUUGGUGCAGUUCUACACCACCUACGCCCCAGAGAAAUUAGAUUCUGUAGAUAAGCAGCUCACCAAAUACAGAGGAAAGGAAGAGGCGAUGUUUGAGGCAUUGGUAAACAAGUAUGGUCCUGAACCGGAAUAUGAUGCAACAGAUAACGAUGCGGGAAAAGAAACAUCAACUCCAACCGACAGUCCCUCAUCCUACCGUGCUCGGCUGGUGGCGUUAUAUGAGAUGUACGCACCUGCCAAGGUCAGUCUUGUGGAUACACAACUGGAGAAGUAUCAUGGGCAGGAAGAGGCACUAAUUGCAGCCCUUGUGAACAAGUAUGGCCCUGAGCCUGCUGCUGCUGGGCAGGAUUAUCGUAGCCGAGUAGUUGCAAUUUACGAGCAGUAUGCCCCUAGCAAGCUUGGGAACGUGGAUGCACAGCUUGAGAAGUACAGUGGUCGUGAAGAGGAGUUCAUUGCUGCCCUGGAACAGAAGUAUGUGCAUGGUAACGCUUCUGGAUCCACUUCUGCCAUUGCCAGUGGUCGUGUAUCACCAAGCAGAAAGGCUUCUGAUGAUGCUGCCGAUGCUUAUCAGCGUAUGUAUGAGAGUGCAGUAGAAAAAUUCGUUGCUGAGGAAGUGACUGCUCGUGAAAAACUAUUGAGUGAAUGUGUAGCGGAGUUUGGCGAUAUUUAUAUGCUUUAUGAAUCUGAGGAGCGAAAUUUGUUGGUGGAGAAUGAGGUUAUUGUAUUUCUUGUUUUGGUAGAAGAGUGUAAGCGACUUGUUCUUUUUACCGAAGAGUCUACGAGUUGUCCUGUAAUGGUUCACCCUUCUUUUCCUUUUAUGAAUGAAAACGCUGCUGUAUUAGAUCAGUUCUUCAGUUCUUUGGGGACAAUAAGUCUUAGCGGAGAGCGACUAAUAGAUCUUGAAACCUGUCAUCUUCUUAUUGCUGCUGUUCUGGGGAAAGAGGUAUUUUCAGGAGAUUGGGUUUCGCAACAGAGUGAUUUUCAGCAGGAUGAAAAUAAAUAUUUUUCUUUUAAUAAUUUCCGUCAAUUAAUGAUACAAAAUUGUCAUAAUGAAGUUGAUGUCUUGGCUAAGAUGCAGGAGUUUAUUUUAACUGUAAAACGAAAAGCGAAACCCUUACGACUAAACGUAACAAAGGAGCUACAUAUUGGUUUUUGGGCAUACAAGUGUGUAAAACCAUGUAUUGAGGAAAAAUGGGAACGAACGUGGGUGAUAUUGGAUGGAGACUCACGUUUAUUGCUAUUACGGCCAAACACAGUGAAACCGGAGAUAACUAUUGCGCUGGAUCAUGUAUUAAAUUGUCAGUUGAGUUCUAUGCUUUUAAUGCGAGCCCCACGUUCAUGUGCAAAGAAUGGAUUAUAUUUGCAGCUUUCUCUCGGAUCCAAUCCUGUUUUAUUGCUGUUAUGUCCACUAAACGUUCAACAUGGACACGCACUUGUGCGACAUAUUCGUCAGUACUGUAAAAAGGAAACCAAAUCAUCAUUGAUAAAUGCUCCACUUGGGCAGAGUGAAAAGGAAAAUCAACGUGAAGGGAGUCUUGAUGAAAGUGUAAAGAACUCUACAGAACCUUUAGUUUCUGCUGUACCAGUAUGGUGUUGUCGUAGUGGUUGUACCUCCUUUGUACGCUCUUUUUGGCUUCUCUUGGGAGAUUACAUUAUACACCGCAAUGAUGGUGAACAAAAAACAUAUUCAUGGAGGAUGACAAGUGUGAAAGACGUAUAUAUUGCUACUGAACUUGGUGUUAAACCUCCAUCGACCUUUUUAAAGUAUGCCUUUAUCAUUGUACAUGAAAAGGGGUCAUUGUUUUGCUGUGCAGAGUCACAAGAGGCGAGAGACACUCUUGUGGCCAAUAUGAAACGUGUACUGUUUAAACUGUUUUUAAUUUCUCAUAAUGGACUAUCCAAUUCUUCAAAAGGAAUUAGUAAUAUCAUCACAACAACCCCUUCACUAGGGGCAAAUGGAGAUUUUGGAGUUAAUAGUAUAUCAGUUGAAGAGACAGUACAUCGGGUUCCUGGCUUUGCACAAUCGAUCUCACGCUAA